AUGAAUCGUGCACCAGAAAAUGCAGACAUUCUAGCUUUGUCGAAGAAAACUUUUGACGACCCGCUGCAAGAUCACGAAUCUUCUUUGACUGCCCUCAAGUCGGUAGCCAAUACGCUGUUGCUCAAGGAAUCGUCCCGUCAGCAGUUUGUUGACGCAGGAUAUGCUGUGAAGACUGCCGAUAGAUUAGAUGUAUUGCAGAUCCCCACUCUUCAAAGCUCUGUAGGUGACCUCUCAUAUUGUCUUCCACGCUCUUACAAUUGGCAGAACAUUGCUUUCCACGCAGCAAAAUAUUCCGGCCAGAGUUUGCAAAAGAACGAGCUUGAAAAUGGCGUACCUGUAUACUGGUCUCGAACAACCGACUACCGCGCUCUCUCCGAGACGCUGAAACUUCUGUUCAACAUCAAUCAAUUUUAUCCAGACCGUGUAAGGGCUUUUGACGGGACGUUACCAGAUGUCUUGACUAUUCUGGAUCGAGUUUACCUUCAAUCGAACCCCUUGCAACCACCUGUGACUUAUCUGGUCAAUGCUUUGCUCAAUCUUGAAUUGGCUAACACGCACGAAACUUCACUUUCGGACCCACUCUUUCCAGAUGCCGACUCCAACAGGUAUACGGAACGUCUUAUAGAUAUCCUUGAUCGGGCAAUUCAGAAUUGUACCCAGGAAACUCUAGAGGCGUGCGCCGUGCCGUUGCUUACUUUGCUGCGAAGGAUCAAUGAAAUUGCGCCUGAGAAGGUGCAGGAGAAAAUGCAAAGCAUGUUAUUGCCAUCAGAUACUGAACGUGACCAACCUCUGGGCAAGUCCGAUACGCUACCAUCAAGGUUGCUCAGGCUGUCAACCACCUUAGUUGCACCUCAAGUCAGAGAAGGCAUCACUAGUCUUCUUUUCGAGCUUUCUGAUAAGGAUCCAUCAACUUUCGUCCGAAACGUGGGUUAUGGAUACGCGGCAGGGUAUUUGAUGACUCAUAAAAUACCUCUUCCAGAAGCGUCUCUCAAAGAAGAUUUGGGAGCGAAAGUGACAAACGUCGAUGGGCAGGAGGUCAAUCCAGUCACUGGUCAGAGACGAGACAAGGAGCCACCAGACCCAGGAUUGGAUAUGACUGACGAGGAGAAGGAAAGGGAGGCUGAAAGACUUUUUGUUCUAUUUGAUAGACUAAAAGCCACUGGUGUAAUGAAUGUCACGAAUCCUGUUGAGCAUGCGGCUCGAGAGGGCAGGCUACAUCAGGUCGAGGAGGUGGAUAGUGACUGA